GCUAACAGGAAGUGGAAUAAUGAGGACGGAUUGAGGCGCAGGAAUUGGCGAACAGCAGCGAGUUCAAACAUUGACCCUUACAGCCGUUGCAACAGUUCCCUCUGAAACAGGUGGAACAAGCAGCCAGCCACCAGUGCAUGAAGAAGAGUCGAAGGCAGCUAUGUCUUCAACGGUGGAUCUCAAGACAAAGGAGGAGAAGGAUGCAGAGCUGGACAAGCGAAUUGAAGCUCUGAGGAAGAAGAAUGAAGCUCUGAUGAAGAGGUACCAGGAAAUAGAGGAAGAUAAGAAGAAAGCAGAGCAGGAGGGCAUUGCGGUGACUACACCUCGUAAGCCCCGCCCCCAUGAGCCGAAGAUGGAGAAAGAAAACUUCACUGUCACAGUCGACCUUUCUAAAGCAACAGGGCUCUUUCUGCUCGGAGGAGGAGGAGGAGGAGGAGGAGGAGGAGGAGGAGGAGAAGGGACACCAGGAGGAAUGGACAGGAAAUCCAAGGAAUGGGAGGAGAAGAGACGACAGAACAUUGAGAAGAUGAAUGAAGAAAUGGAGAGGAUAGCAGAGUAUGAGAGAGGACAGCGGCAGGAUGGAGACAAACCGACCCGUAACUUCCUGGAUGACCCGAGACGUUCAGGUCCGGCCCCGGACACGGACCGCAAGGAGGGCAGCCGGAGACAUGUCCGAAACUGGGGGGGACUGGACUUUGACAAUGUGAAGACAGGGUCUGAGCUGGAAAAAGAGUGGACCAGCCGGAGACCUGGUCCCAAAGGCUCUAUGGAUAUGACGAUGUCUAUGACCGGUCGGGAAAGAGCAGAGUACCUGCGCUGGAAGAAGGAGCGUGAGCAGAUAGAUGAGGAGAGAUUAGCACGCCAUCGUAACGCCACAGGCCAGUGGAGACGAGAGUGGGACGCACAGAAGACGGACAACAUGUUCAAAGAGGACCCAUAUGCGGCCACUGAGGGUAUCCCAUCAGAGGGCGGCAGGAGAGCGCGGGGGCAUAACUCUCGUACAGAGCCUCGGGGCAGGGCCUCAGAUGACAGUAAGCGACCUCCGAAAGUGCCGACAUUCGGCGACUUCCUGUCCCAGGGCAGGACCCAGGGGCCGAGGGGCGACCGGAGCAGAGGGAGGGGUCGAGGACAGAAGCAGAGCUACAGCAUGCAUGACAACCGCUGGGAGGGAGAGAAGGAAGAGGAGAAGGAGGAGAAGGAAAAGGAAAAGGAGGAGAAGGAAAAGGAAAAGGAGGACAAGACGAAGAAAGAAGAGAAGAGUAAAAAGAAAGAUAAGGAAGAAGAGAAAUCUAAACCUCCCACAGUACAGAAGGUGGAGGAGAAGAAUGGAGAAGGAGAGGAUGAUGAUGAAUGGGAGGAUGCCAGUGACGAUGGGGAUUAUGAGGUGGUGAGCGACUCGGAGCAAGACUCCAAAGGCGACGAGAAGAAGGACAUCGGAAAGGAGAAGCAAGCAAAGAGCAAAGAGUCCUCCCCAAAAACUCCCAAACCUCGUUCUCGUCAGACAUCAGCAGGAAGCCCCAAAGAUCAGCGGACUCCCAGGCCAAAGGUCCACAUCCCGCCCCCAGCGGCCGCUCAGGAGUCCCCCGAGGGAGGCAAACCCCUCAGCCCCUUCUCCCCGCUGGACGGCCACAAGCCUGUGUCAGACUGGGGGGAGGAGAUGGAGUUGAUGUCACCCAGGAGCAGCAUGGGAGGCGAGAGCCCGCCGAAACCCUCCAGCGUUGAUUCCAGCCCCCCACAGAAGAAGGAGGAGGAGGAGCAGCAGGAGGAAGAGAUCAAGAGCCAAGCUGCCAGCUCCAGCGAACCUGCCGAGUCACAGAGCGAGGAGCACGCAGCCGUUGAUGUUUCGUCUCCUCCGGAAAAAGCUGAAAUCCAGGAGAUCCAGGAGAUCCAGGUGAUGGUGUCAGAACCUGAUUCGGCUCCUAAAGACUCACCUACUGCACUGCCAUCUGACCCCGCCCCCUGUGAGGUGAAGGUGGACGAGGAUACGCCUCCAGCCCCGUCACAAGGUAAUAAAAAAAAUUAACCCCUCAACAUAAAACGCACCAGGCUGUUUU